UUCCAGUGUCCUUCCCAGUCAGGCUGGGAGGGUGUGUGGUAAUCUCUCGCCCGACCCUGGGUCGAUGCCAAAACCAACCGCCCGCCGAGCGCCUCCCUCCUCGCUCCUCGCACUCUCCAGCAGCUCUGCCUCACAGCCCGGGCGCCCGAGACGGAGCGUGCUGAUUGGUGAAGGAGGAUGAAGAUUGCUGUGAUUGGACAAAGCCUGUUUGGCCAAGAGGUGUACAAGGAACUGAAAAAGGCAGGACAUGAGAUCGUGGGGAUAUUCACAAUCCCGGACAAAGAUGGGAAAGAGGAUGCUCUUGCUGCAGAGGGUGCGAAGGAUGGAACGCGGGUUUUCAAGUACCCUCGGUGGAGGGUGAAAGGGGCGGCCAUCCCUGAGGUGGUGAAGGAGUACUCCAGCCUCGGAGCAGAGCUGAAUGUCCUGCCGUUCUGCUCCCAGUUCAUCCCGAUGGAAGUCAUCGACUUCCCCAAGCACGGCUCCAUCAUUUACCACCCAUCCCUGCUGCCCCGGCACAGGGGGGCUUCCGCCAUCAACUGGACACUUAUUCAUGGAGACAAGAAAGGAGGGUUCAGUAUCUUCUGGGCAGAUGACGGACUGGACACAGGCCCAAUUCUCAUGAAGAGAGAGUGCGAAGUGUUCCCUGAUGACACCAUCAACACCUUGUACAAGCGAUUCCUCUUCCCCGAGGGGGUAAAAGCCAUGGUUGAAUCAGUGGAGCUCAUCGCAGCAGGGAAAGCACCAAGGAUCAAACAGCCUGAAGAUGGAGCCACUUAUGAGGGCAUUCAGAAGAAGGAAAACGCAAAGGUCAACUGGGACCAACCAGCUGAGGCCAUUCACAACUGGAUCCGGGGUAAUGACAAGGUCCCAGGAGCCUGGUCUGAGGUGAAUGGGCAGAAGCUGACGUUUUUUGGCUCAACGCUCCUCGACAGUGCACCUCCCCAGGGGCAGACUCUGGAGAUCCCUGGAGCUCAUAGGCCCGCUGUCGUGGCCAGGAAUGGACUGGUCCUCUUUGGCAAUGACGGGAAAAUGCUGUUGGUGAAAAACCUCCAGUUUGAAGAUGGGAAGAUGAUUCCAGCCUCAAAGUACUUCUCCUCCACUGAGAGCUCCUCGCUGGAGUUAACUGAAGAAGAGAAGAAGAUCAAAGAGGAAAUUCGAGCUGUUUGGAAAGGCAUACUCUCCAAUGUGGCAGAAAUCGUGGAAACGACUGAUUUCUUCAAAUCUGGAGCUGCGUCGAUGGAUGUGGUCAGGCUGGUGGAAGAAAUCAGGCUGAAAUGCAAUGGUCUUCAACUGCAGAACGAAGAUGUCUACAUGGCCACAACCUUCGAGGACUUCAUGCAGAUGAUCGUGAGAAAGUUCCGGGGCGAGGAUGAGGAAGAGGAGAUGGUGAUAGACUAUAUUGAAAUGAACGUUAACAACAUGACGAUCCGCAUGCCCCACCAAGCCUUCAUCAACGGAGAGUUUGUUGACGCAGAAGGAGGGAAUUGGUACCACUCUAUCAAUCCGACCGAUGGCUCGGUGAUCUGCAAGGUGUCCCUGGCCCAGGUCUCUGAUGUGGACAAGGCAGUGGCGGCAGCCAGAGAAGCCUUCGAGACUGGCGAGUGGGGGAAGAUGAACCCCAGGGACCGGGGCAGACUCAUCUACAGACUGGCGGAUUUGAUGGAGGAACACCAGGAGGAACUGGCGACGAUUGAAGCCAUCGACUCAGGCGCCGUCUACACCCUGGCACUGAAAACGCACGUGGGCAUGUCCAUCCAGACUUUCCGCUACUUCGCCGGAUGGUGUGACAAGAUCCAGGGAUCCACCAUCCCGAUCAACCAGGCUCGGCCGAAUCGCAACCUAACCUUCACCAGGAGGGAGCCCAUCGGCGUCUGUGGAAUUGUGAUCCCGUGGAACUACCCGCUGAUGAUGUUGGCGUGGAAGACGGCAGCCUGUCUCGCUGCAGGUAACACCGUGGUCCUGAAGCCUGCACAGGUGACUCCUUUGACGGCGCUGAAAUUUGCAGAGCUGACAGUAAAGGCUGGAUUCCCCAAGGGAGUUGUGAAUAUUUUACCUGGAGCUGGCUCGCUGAUUGGUCAGAGAAUCUCAGAGCACCCCGACGUACGCAAGCUGGGGUUCACAGGGUCGACCCCGGUGGGCAAACAGAUCAUGAAGAGCUGUGCGGUGAGCAACGUGAAGAAGGUGUCCCUGGAGCUGGGGGGCAAAUCCCCACUGUUGAUCUUCAGCGACUGUGACCUGGACAAGGCGGUGCGGACGGGAAUGGGGGCUGUGUUUUUUAACAAGGGAGAGAACUGUAUAGCUGCAGGACGACUGUUUGUGGAAGAGUCCAUCCACGACCGGUUCCUAAACAAAGUGGUGGAGGAGGUGAAGAAGAUGAAGAUUGGUGAUCCUCUGGAUCGGUCCACUGACCAUGGCCCUCAGAACCACAGAGCUCACCUGGACAAGCUGAUUGAGUACUGUGCUGUAGGAGUGAAGGAGGGAGCUCGGCUGGUCUGUGGGGGCAAGCAAGUCCCCAGGCCCGGAUUUUUCUUUGAACCCACCGUCUUCACAGAUGUGCAGGACCACAUGUUCAUUGCCAGGGAGGAAUCCUUCGGGCCCAUCAUGAUCAUCUCCAAGUUUGCUGAUGGGGAUCUCGACGCAGUUUUGAAACGAGCCAACGACACAGAGUUUGGUCUAGCGUCAGGCGUGUUCACCCGUGACCUGAGCAAGGCUCUGUACGUCAGCGAGAAGCUCCAGGCCGGCACGGUCUUCAUCAACACGUACAACAAGACAGACGUGGCAGCACCUUUCGGGGGCUUCAAGCAGUCUGGGUUUGGCAAGGAUCUGGGGCGAGAGGCUUUGAACGAAUACCUGAGGACCAAAGCAGUGACCAUUGAAUAUUAACGGGAGGAAAGUCCAGCGGCUCUCAGUAGCUCCGCACGUCUGCACUCGGAACCAAUAAUCAGAUGGAACUUUGUCAAUAAUUCAGGACUGACCCAGCUUUACAAACACACACACACACACACACACACACACUGACUCCCAGUGAUACACCAGCCACCCGAGCACAGAGCGGCGAGGGGUGGGGUACGUGAAUCACUCUUGAAAGGAGUCGGUCUACAUAAUGUGGUGGUUCAAAUGAAUUGGAUUGGGAAUGGGAAUGGGACAAGAAAUUGGAAUUGGAAUGGGAAUCGGAAUUGAAAUCGAAAUCAGAAAGGAAAUCAAAAUUAGAAUGAGAAUCAAAAUCAAACUGAGAAGUCAAAUCGGGAUGUUACGACAGCAGUACAGUGCAUAGACAUAAAGCUACUGUAAAUUAAAAAUAAAAACAUAAAUAUAAAAG